CGCAUUAUUCGAUAAACUUUACUUAUAAUUGAAACACACAAAGCGUAAACUGUUAUAUCAUGUUUAAGAUUUGUUAACUUUGGAACGUUUUCGAUACAUUUCAAUUUAUCCGAGCUGUGACAAAAUAAUUUGGAGAGUUUGAUAAAUAUGUUACUGGAAAAAGGCAAAGACAUCGCAAUGAGAAAACAAAAGCGUCCACUUGGCAUCCUGGGUACUGGCGACUUUGCACGUGCCUUGGCAAAACGACUCUACUUUUCGGGAUAUGAAAUCGUCCUUGGAAGCAGACGACCGGAAGAAAAAUCAUUUUCUGCGAUAGACGAGUGUUUAUGCAACAUGCGCCUUGUAACAACGGAGGAAUGUAUAAAAUCUGUGUCAAUAAUCUUCCUUGCUAUACAUGCUGAAAAUUACAAAGACUUGCUAGAAGAACAUGCCGACAAGCUGGACGGUAAAAUUAUAGUAGAUGUUUCAAACCGCGACAGACCCAGCGAAACUAAAUCCAAUGCUGAAUAUCUUCAAAGACUCAUACCAAACGCUUCGGUUGUGAAAGCUUUCAACGUCAUUUCCGCUUACGCAAUGGAAAACGAUUACAAUACAAGCAGCCGACAGGUCUUUAUUGCCAGUAACAAUGAACUCUCCAGAAAUGCUAUCUCAAACAUAGCAAGAAAUAUGAAUUUUACCCCUUUAGACUUUGGCGGGCUCUUUGCAGCACGCAGGAUAGAAAAACAUCCUUUAAGGCUGUUUCCAGACUGGCGAGGUCCAUGUGGAUUUACUGUUGCAGUAUUUAAUAUUUGGUUGCUAUAUUUAAUAUACAUUUAUUACAUUGAAAAGACAGUGUACCGGUGGGAACAAAUAUUUAUCAAAGUAAUGAACAAGGCCAUCUGUAUGACGGGGAUCACUAUUCUAUCAGUGACGUACUUAGCAAGCAGUUUUGCAGCAUCAUUACAGCUGUAUUACGGUACGAAGCACAUCCGGUUCUCAAGGUGGUUAGACAAAUGGCUAAAAAACCGGAAACAGCUUGGACUGGUUGCUUUUAUAUUGAUAACAAUCCACGUGAUGAUGUCGAUUUUAAUCAUGUCUCCAACUUAUCUUAGAUCAUGGUUUCAUUCUACAAAACUUGUCAUCCCGCAUAAUGUGACUGACGUACACGUAAUUAAUAAUAUAAACUGGAUGACAUGGAAAGGAGAAGCUGCGUGUUUAACAGGAAUAUUUGCCUUUAUUCUACUAUGCUUCGUGUGUGUUUCAACUUUACCGUCAGUUACUGACACAUUAAACUGGAGAGAGUGGCGUUUUGUGCAGUCAAAAAUCGGCCACGUGGCCUUGUUCUUAUCAAUUGUCCACGUAUUAGUAAUGGGCAUACCAGGUUGGGCCAAAAAUCCACUAAAGAUUUAUAAAUCCAUAACAUUCUUGUCAUCUAUACUACCCUGGGCAACAAUUAUGUUAAAAAUCUUGUAUUCCCUACCAUGUAUCGAUAGAUAUCUAACAAAAAUUAGAAAAGGAUGGGAGCGUCAAGAGGAGAGAUGCCGCGGGAAAUGUGUCAGACCAAAGAAAGAAGGUUAUGUCAUCAUGAACGCAGACGAUAGAUCGGAUGCCAUAAGUGGUGUGUGUCCGUGUCCGGGAGAUACUGUACAAAUGGUAACAUUAGACACGACAAGUUGUGGAUGCUCAAACGGAGAUAUUGUGUAGAACUGAAUAACUUUGAUUAUUAAAGUACUUCAAGUUGUAGCUGAACCUUUAAUUUGUUCUAAGUUAAACCUUAGUCUAAUGAUUUAGCAGAGUAUUAAAGUGAUUUUUGUUUUCGAUGCAGAGUGCAAACAGACAAUGGGAAACUUGAACGGUUCUUAGCUAGUUUCUCUUCCACCCAAGCUGUCUAUACAACAUUAAUAUCAUUUUUAAAUGCCACUGUAUGUAUUGUGUUUACUUGUUUUAUUUUAUCAAAUUUUGAUGUACAUGUAUAAUUUGAAAUGCAGUUAUGAGCUACAAUGUAUUUAAAUUUACGUAAAUCAGUUUGUUUUGUAUGGAAAGAAUAAUGCUAUUUUGCCAUGUUUGAAGAGACAGACAAGGCCGGUGGGGGCAGUUUGUUAUGAUUGUUAGGGCGCUGAUUUCAAAUCACUUGCCCCUUGCCACUACGGGUUCACAAUUAGUCAGACACUCCCGGUAUGAGGAGGUUUUCCAGCUACCUUAUAAAAGGUCGAUGGUUAUACUCAGGUGUCCGUUACUGCCUGACAGUGCACGAAGGGGAACUUGAGGUCUUCCUUGAAAAAUCGCCCUCAGACCUUUACAUUGAGGGUUCGAGUUUUAACUCAAUGAAACUAACAAAAUCAUGUUCAAGAUUUCGUAAACAUUGUAGAGAUCUGUACUUUAUGUAGAAACAAAUGAUGUGAAUUAAUCAUAAAAUUUACAUUAAGCCUAAAUGAAGUUAUUAAUCAAUAACAUUAGGUGAAUAAUCAGUAGAAGAUUUACAUGGAUUCAUAACAGUUUAGUUAAAUACUAAACCGUACAUUAAUUAUUGUUGAAUGCAAUGAAAUGAUAUCAGUACAAACUGCUGUGUUUGUUUUAAUAGUGAAAUUAAUGAUUUUGAUGAUGUAUUAACAUUUGCUUGAAUGGAACAUGGAACGGUGUUAAAUGCUUGAAUGGAACGGUGUUGGAACGGUGUUAAAUGCUUAAAUGGAACAGUGUUAAAUAGCUGAACGGAACAUUGUUAAAUAAUUGAUUUGAACGGUGUUAAUAUUGUAACAGGACAUUGAAAUUGUUUGUUUGUUAUAUGUUAUGGACAGUUCCCAUUUCUAUCAUACUUAUCUCCCUUGAUCAACAUGGCAGCCAUUUUGGCGCAGUUGUAUUGUAUAUAUGAUUGACAAAAUGUUGAGAAGUGCAUAGUAAGAUGAUGAUAAAAGGUGACUUGUUGUUUGUUAUUUACAUGUCUGAAAAAAAUUAUAUCAUAUUUUGUCAACUUACAUGAAGAUUAAACAUAUGUGAUGUUUUA